AUGGUUCCAAGCAUAGUCCAGAGGGUGUUAGAUGGGAUCCAAGAUUUGGAAACAAAAGAUGUCAAAUUUAGUAUCGUUUUGACCUUGGCGUCGUGGUUGAUUUACUGGGUUGUUGUCGGUGUUUACCGCGUGUACUUCCAUCCCUUAGCGAAGUUCCCAGGUCCAAAACUAGCAGCACUCACUUUCUGGUAUGAGUUCUACUACGAACUCUAUCCCCACAAAUACCAGUAUCUCUGGAAGAUCAAGGAAUUACACGAACAAUAUGGCCCCAUAAUUCGCAUCAACCCUCUUCAAAUCCACAUCCACGACGCGGACUUCUUCGACACAAUUUAUGCAUCUGGCAUAGGCCACAAGCGCAACCGUUGUAAGUGGUCACACCAUGCCGGUGCGAAGUCCUGGUCAGGUGCUAUGCUUGAAGCCAUGGACCAUGAUCUGCACAAGAUGCGCCGCACUGCCGUCUCUGGAUUCUUCAGCAAGCGAUCCGUGCAGGCGCUCGAACCGCUCGUUGUACAAGCUACUGAGAAACUGCUGGAUCGAUUCAAGGGUGAAUUGAAGAAGAAAGGACCAGAAGCAGGUGUUGUUAGUCUGAAUGAUGCCUUCGCCGCCAUGACCAUGGAUAUCAUUUCUGACUAUUGCUUCGGAGAGUCGAUGAAUAGUCUAGAUGAGGACGAGUAUGGCAAGAAGUGGCUUGAUUUAUUUCAUCAGGGUAUUGGGCUGCGUCCUUUAGGCCGCCAGUUUCCAUCACUAGUCAACUUUCUGGUUGAUCUUCCACCUUGGGUUGCCGCGAAGAUGAGUCCAGGGGCGGAGAAGAUGAACACAUUCAACUUACAGCUGCUCCGUAAGAUCGAACGUAUCAUGAAGCGCGAAGAUCACAAGGAUGAUGAGAAGGAACGGAAACGGACAGUUUUCCAUGAGGUUAGAGACGAUAUGAGUGGAAAGCUACCGGAUAAGGAGAAGGAACCGAUCCGAUUGAUGGCAGAAGCGAGCGUACUCUUGGGCGCGGGUACAGAGACAACGGCAAGGACCCUGGCGGUCACUAUGUUCUAUUUACUGAAGCAUCCGGAUAUCGGGGAUAAACUGAGCGCGGAGUUGAAGAGAGCGCUGCCGACGAAAGAUGAGAAGGUUUCGCUACCUCAGCUGGAGGCGUUGCCGUAUUUCUCUGCCAUAAUUAACGAAGGUCUACGCGUCGCUCAUGGCGUGAGCUCGCGUCAACCGCGCAUCGCCACGCAAGAAGAUCUACAAUACAAGCAAUACAGCAUACCGCGCGGAACACCGGUUAUGGAAUCGGCAUACCUACUUCACACGGAUCCAUCCAUAUAUCCACAGCCAUUUGAGUUCCGACCAGAACGAUGGAUUGAAGACCCUAAUCUCAAGCGGUAUUGGUUUGCUUUUGGGCGGGGAAGUCGCAAUUGCCUAGGCAUGAACCUUGCUACUUCGGAGCUAUACAUUGGUAUUGCGCUGUUGUGGCGAAGCUUCCGGAUGGAACUAUUCGAUACAGUGGAGGAGAGAGACGUGCUUACGAGUCAUGACUGUUUUAUAGGAAUGACCGAUUUGGAGAGCGAGGGAAUCAAGGUCAGAAUCAUCGGUGAGAUUGGUGAUGAUUCAUAG